AUGGAAUAUACUCUAUACAACAACAAUGAGUAUCAGCCUUUAGAGCAAGGAAAUAAAUACUCACCAACAUGGCCAUUUAGAAUGAUUGUAGCCAGAAGUUCCAAUUCGGGAAAAACUACUAUGAUUAUGAACCUUCUUAUAGGCAAUAAAAUGGCGGAUAAAGAGAAUUGCCCAAUCUAUGUAUCUCAAAGAUUUUUUGCAGUUCAUAAAACCAUUUGGGAAAACGUUAAUAAUAUUUCAUUACAUAGAGGAGGAUCUUUAUUUGAUAUAAAAAAUAUUAUUAGUCGGUAUACUGGACCUUCAGACAAUCUGAUAUCAAAAAUAGAUGAUUUGACAAUGAAACAAGAAUUUGUUGUGUUUGAUCUUAGAUGGUCCAAGAAUGAUCCACUAUCAAUCAGAGUUUGA